GCUAUUUCUAUUUCACUUUUUAAUGUGAUAUUGUCACGGGUUUGUUUUUUUUUUUGCCAGAGAGCUUGGCUAAGUAUCCGAGGAGGGCCAAUGCCUCACCCAUCUCUCAUGCCCAAUCUGAAGAUUGGCAACAAGGUAUGAUGUGUCAGAAGUCCAACAACCAUGAAUCUUCAUAUGCUCAGAUGCUACCAGCUGGUUCCAAUGUGAACAGUCCUAUGAACUCAACUCCCGGUACUCCCACCAACAGCAACAGCAUCGUUGGACUAAUCCACCAAAACUCCAUAAACUCAAGAUACCAAAACCACCCCCACCACCACCACCCUGUGAAUAUGUCUUCUUCGCCUCGCCAUACCACCAACAACCUGGCAUUCCAAUCGCCCCUCUCUUGUAGUUCGCCACAAGUCUCGUCUCAUGGAGGAGGAUUGCACAUCAGUUCUGCAGGUUCGCCACACGCACACAUGCCCUCUGGUGGUGACAUGAUGGAUGCAAACGAAUCUCAGAGCUCCAUGCAUAAAAUCAUAAAUGAGAUGGUGGUGGUGCCUUCAUCUUCUUCACAACUUGGGAAUAACAACAACAACAACAAUAACAAUAAUGAUGUUAAGAAUCCUGUCCUUAGCAAUGGAAGCAGCAAUUACCUUGUUGGGAGCACGGGCAUCGGGCUCAGGAAUAUGGCGGGAAAUAACGGGCGAAGUAGUGGAUUGGGAAAUACUAACAGCAACUCAUAUGGAAGAGUAGUAGUAGUGGGGGGCAACAACACUAAUGGCACCAUGUCAAUGUCGUCGCAAGAGCAGGGUACUAUUAUGAAUGACAUGGGAAACCAGCUGCAUAACGGUUUCAACAAUCUCCCAUUUGAUUGGAAGACAUCUCCUUAAUGACCAUGAAGUAUAAUUCCAAAAAAAAAAAAUUGACACGGUGUUUGUGAUGUCAGCAAUACAUCUUCUUGGAGACUGCAAGACAGGCAUCGUGCGCGGCAAGUACUCUAUUGGCUACGAACAAAUGCACUUUUGGUUUUCAAGUGUGAGACUCCAUUGUAAAGAACCGCAAGGAGGGUAGGAGGAGGAGGAGGAGGAGGAGGAGGAGUAUAAUAUAACUUACUGGAUUUUAUGAUACGCAUAACUGGAACUUGCCUCUUGUUUUACGGGUGGAUGGGCUGUCAAAUAGUAAAUGUAAAAAUAUACUCAGUGUAGUAACGCCGUUCCCCUUCUUACUCUCUGCUUCAGCAGCCUAAACUGUACAACACGUGAGUGUAUAUAGUCGUCAAGUCUGGACUCGUUGUUGCCAAGGCAUUCUAGUUCUUUU